AUGCCUCGGAAAAGGAAACCUUGUCAGCGUGCAGCCCCCCCUCAGCUGGCUGCGGUCACUGCUGUGGGAACCCCAGGCGUGGCCAGGGCUGGCUCAGGGUGUCGCAUACAGCUGGGGCGCAGGACCAGGAGCCCAGCCUACUUUCCCUUCAGCUUCCUGCCGGUGGACUGUCAGCUCCAUGUCUUCUCUUUCCUUUCGGAGGUGGAGAAGUGCACAGCUGCCUUGGUUUGUGAAGCCUGGAGCAAGCUGAUCCGCACCCCCAGGCUCUGGAGGGUGGCUGACUUCAUGAGACUGGGGGCCUUCCAGUCAGGCAUGGAUUUGGUGCUGGUUUCUGCCAGAGAAUUUGAGAGAUGGAAAGAGUGGGUCCACCAGUAUGCCUAUCACCUGACCUCUCGCAGCGCUAGCCUGCUAGUCCUCAGGGCCAGCUUUGAUUUGGGUGAUCAGAAGACCAAAUGGGCUGACUUCCUUUCACGCUUCUUGGACAGUGUCCACUGUGGGGAGCUGCAGGAGCUGGAGCUCAACUGGACCUUGACUCACUUGGAACCACCAGACUUCUACCCGCCAGGCACCUGCAGUAUGACUCAGGUCAGCCUGACCAAAAUGGACCAGAUCAGCAACUUCCAGACCCUUUUGGAGAAGUUUAUCCAGAGAUCUCCAAAGCUCACCAGGAUGAAGCUGCCCUUUGACUGGUCUGCAUACUCAGUUGCCAUGCUGACCCAGUUCCAGCAGCUUCACACCUUGGAGUUGAAAUACUUCUGGAGCUUCAAAGGGGUUUGCCCAGAAAUCAUGCAAGAUCUCACCAAAGCCCUGCCCAACCUCAGAACUCUCAUCCUUCAUGUGCUGGUGCCAGUCAAAGACUUGGGCAUCUCCUAUUCUCUGGAAUCCAGAUCCCUGGAGUACUUGGAUGUGUCCCAGAGCCGUGGCCUGGUGUUCUGUCACCUCGACCUGCCCUCCCUGAGGGUGCUGAGGAUCAAGAAGACGGUUCGGGGCAUCAUCCUGAACCGGAGGACUAGGCUGGCUCUUCAGAGUCGCUGGUCCUGUCUGUACAGCUUGCUACGGAGUGGCACGCCCAACCUUCGGGUGUUCAACAACCAGGUGUUGCUGCCGCACUGGCGGGAGCAGACGUACAAGGAGCUAAAUGCCUUGCUGCUGCAAUCAUGCUACUGUGUUCAGCACUCGGACACGUGGUUACUGUAAAGAUUGAUGGUGAAGGGAACAGACAGGAGAACCUGGUUCUCUUGUGUCUAGUGGUGUCACUGAAGGGGGUGUAUAGCAUGAAGAGACCAUGUGUUGCCUUGGGAGGGACCAGGUGGCCUGUGUGUCUCUGGGCCUAGCAUUCGUCAGGUUUCAGGAGAGGCUGCAUCUGGGCCCAGUUUGCUCAAAAUGGGAGGCUGACUGAGGGAUGUUUAGAGAGAAGGACACUCUGUUUCUCUUCUACCAAGACAGUAAAUGUUCUGUACCGCACAGCUGGUUUCAGCUUUUCAUUUAUAAGUGCACUUUAUGGCCCCUAAGUGAUGGCCUGUGUUCCUUACGUACCAGCAAGGGCUCUGAGUACUGCACAUAGUAAAAUCACACAGCUGCAGCCAGACACGGGUGCCCUGGUUGUCUAAAUGCGCUGAUGCAGAAGUGAAGAUAGAAUUGGUAACCUUUUGAGCUCAGACCCCCACAAACCUCUGCCUGAUGCAUUCACAGGGUAGUUCCAUGCUCUUAGCUGGACAGUGUUAUUAGCUGGUUAGAGCAGGGGAGCUGGGUUUCCUGGGUUCUUUUCCAGUCACUAUCAUUAUUUUUGGAAAUGAUUAGACUCAUUUUCAAAAGCAGCCUCUAAUUUUGGCUCCCUGACUCGAGUUAUCUUGCAAGUUGUGGGAGCGCAGCAGCUCUGAAAAUCAGGACCAAGGGGUCUUGAGUUAGGAACCUCAGUUUUCCAUCUUUAAAAUGGGAAUAAGCCUAACUUACCUCUCUGGGAAGGUGGUGAGGCAUUUAGACCCUUGGACUUAGGUGCUGCCAAAAUGUAAAGUAAUAUUAGAAAGUGGAGGAACAUGGAUGUUUGCCAUUUCCCAGCCAGCAGAAGGCACCCCUUACUUUGUUAUGCUGAUAUAUAACCUGACUGAUUCUUCAGACCAUAUCUGUUCUCAGCUGGUUCCUCUGAUGCUGGUGGCCAAGUGCUGAGUUGACCCUAAUAAAAAUUAAC